ACGAGUGGGAUUUACCGCGGAAUGUCACGGGCAGGGUAUGUCAAAAUAUAAAAUAAAAGGUCGUGUCAUGCGCACUGGGGGCUUCGGCUAGCGGGGCCCCAGUCAGUCGCCUCGCGAUUACCGAACGGGUCUCUGUGUGUGCCUCCUUCGAAACUCGACCGUUCGAGCGCGGCGUUUAAAAAUUUAAAAUAAGAACACGUGCGUGCACAUUGGACGGUCAGUUUUUGACAGUGUUUUGAAGUGUUGUGAACUUUUGUGGUAUGAAAUAUAAUGUUAUUCGGUUAACGUAGGAAGUUUAAAAGAAAAUAUAAGUGUCGGAGACUUCGGAAGUGAUUCGGGUUGAUAAUGUGAAAAUAUAAGAGCAAUCAUGAUGAGGGUUGCUGCGCUGCUGUGCUUAUUUGGAUAUUUAGGCAUGUCGUCCGGCGGCGGCGGCGUCAGCGACCUGGACCUAUUCAACACGACGACCAGCUACAACGUGACAGAAGGCGUGGAGCCGCAUUUCGACAAUGCGACGAAGCGCGACUACACCGCGGCUGUCGGCCAGGCGGCCUAUCUGCACUGCCGCGUCAAGAGUUUAGGUGACAGAGCGGUAUCCUGGAUCCGCAAACGCGACCUCCACAUCCUCACCGUGGGCGUCCACACAUACAGCAGCGACGCGCGGUUUGCCGCGCUGCACACCGACGGCACGGACGAGUGGACGCUGCGCGUGGCGCCUGCGCAGCCUCGUGACUCAGGCGGCUACGAGUGCCAGGUCUCCACGGAGCCCAAGAUCAGCCUGUCCUUCAGGCUCACCGUUGUUGUGUCGAAGGCGGAGAUCCUCUCGGGGCCGGAGCUGUUCGUGCGGGCCGGAUCCGAUAUCAACCUCACGUGCAUUGCGAGGCAUGCGCCGGAUCCGCCCAGCUUCAUCUACUGGUACCGCGGCCCACAUGUGGUGAACUACGCGCAGCGCGGCGGUAUUAGCGUCGAGACUGAACAACGCACGCGCACCAGCAGGCUGCUAAUUGCGCGCGCCGCACCUAGAGACUCCGGGAACUACACUUGCGCUCCGAGCAGCUCUGAUUCAGCCUCAGUGGUGGUCCACGUGGUGAGCGGCGAACGUCCAGCGGCCAUGCAAAGUCACGCCACAAAGCUUCUCCCACACUAUCCCAUCUUUCUCCUAUUAUUCGCAUUUAACACGAACACCUUUGCCAUCACAACACUAUACGAUAACCUAAAAACAUUUGUUAUAUUCUUAAAAGUAGUUUUCCUAUACAAUUUCCCUAGAAAAUGCGUUGUAAGAUGACCAGCUAUCUAGAACCGUUCAGCAUUUUAAAAUCCUAGGAAUUACGAGAAACUGAUAUUAAAGAAACGAAUUACUGUAAGUAUCAAGUAGGUUUCAGUAGAUUACUUAUAGUAUUGUUACUAUGUACAGCUGAGUUACCGUAAAAUAGAAAUACCUUCGCAACAUCUAAUAAGAGAAAACUGGUUAAAUUCGUAGGUUAGUUUUCGUAAUUACGAAGACACAAAA